UAUGACCCCUAAUUUCCAAUCGGCAAGAAGUCCUUGUCCGAUGUUGAAAAUGAAUUGAACUUUACAUUAUCAUAUUAAUAUUCGUCUGAAGAAAACAAAAGAAGAAAAAGUGAAAAAGAAAGACGAUCGAGAGCGAGCAACAGAAGCUAUGGAGAAGCAGAGACCAGCAAUAGCAGCAGCACCGUCGGCUAAGUUCAAGACUGAGGUGGUGAAUCCUCCGCUUCAUGCGUUCGGAUUCGAGAUUGAAGAGUCAUCCCCACAAAAAGUCACCGGCCGGCUUCACGUAACCCACAACUGCUGUCAGCCAUUCAAGGUGCUGCAUGGAGGGGUAUCGGCUCUGAUAGCUGAGGGGCUGGCAAGCAUGGGAGCCCACAUGGCUUCGGGUUUCCAGAGAGUGGUUGGAAUUCAACUUAGCAUCAACCAUGUGAAGCGCGCUGAGCUUGGUGAUCUUGUCCUCGCUGAGGCCACCCCUGUUAGUGUUGGCAGAACCAUCCAGGUGUGGAAGGUGCAACUCUGGAAGGUUGAUCCUUCAAAUUCACAGAGCAAAUCCUUGGUAUCAUCAUCUACGGUUACUCUUCUAUGUAACAUGCCUGUGCCGGAGCAUGGAAAAGAUGCCAAUGAUAAUCUCAAGAAGUACUACGCGAAAUUGUGAACCUAUUGUACUAUAUUCAUAUAAUCUUGCAAAUAAUAUGCAUUUAUUCAACACUUGUUGGAAUCAAAGCAUCAAUAAGAUAAAGACUUUGAUUGA